AUGAACCGUGACGAUCAGACUAAUUCGAGAUGUCAGAAGGGUGAAUGUCUAGAUCCCGGAGUCGCUUCAGAUCUGGGAUUUGAGGUCCUAGCUAUGGCGGAGAAGGUUUCUAACCAUAUCUCUUUCCUUUAUAGUUUCUUUCACUCAUCUGCCCAUUCUUCCAUGUCAGAACCUGAGUCUUGUAUUUCCCUUUCCCUUGUGACAACAAUGGUACUGAAGGUCGACCUGCAGUGCCGCCGCUGCUACAAGAUGGUCAAGAAAAUACUCUGUAAAUUCCCUCAAAUACGAGACCAGACAUACGACGAGAAGGCCAACACGGUGACAAUUAAGGUGGUAUGCUGCUCUCCAGAGAAGAUCAGGGACCAGAUACGCUGCAAGGGUUGCCGAUCAAUCAAGAGUAUUGAGAUCAAACCACCACCACCACCGCCACCUACACCAAAACCAUCACCACCACCUACACCAAAACCAUCACCACCACCGUCGCGGCCACCAACACCACCGCCUCCUGGGUUUUGUUGCACGGAUUGUUCACCACCGCUAAUUGUCUUUCCUGGGUUUUGUUGCACGGAUUGUUAUCAUGGACAUGGUGGGGGCCCUUGCUACAAUGGUGGACCACCCCCACGCCCAUGCUAUGAGUCCUGUGGUAGGCCAGUUUAUGAUAGCUGGUGCUGCCCCUGCCGUGGCUACAAUUACUGUUUUAACGAAGAAAACCAAAAGGGUUGCUCAGUCAUGUAACGUGAUACAUGCUACUCAGCCCAUCGUCAAAUCAUGACAUCACUGAUAAUCAUCUUGUAGUUGUCUCCGUUGAAUAUUCAGUCACUUUUAAUUGCAUGUGAAUUUGAUUUUUUUUUUUUUAUAUAAAG